GAGAGAGCGAGAGAGAGAGAGAGAUUGAGAGAGUCAUGUCCUCGUUCGUUCAAUUGAAGAUCUUAAUCGUCUUCUUUUUCGUAUCUAUCCAUCUAGUAAUCGCCAGAAAUCGACAUAUAGUCAAUUUCCGAUCAUCAAAUCUCUUCCCAGAAGGCUUAACUUGGGAUCCCAAAGCCCAGCACUUCGUCGUAGGCUCGCUUCACGAUCGCUCCAUUAAAGCUGUCUCCGAUGCAGGCGUCGUUGAAACCCUAAUCACCGACCUCGACCUUCCCACCAACGUCUCCAUCCUCGGCCUCACCGUAGAUUCCUUCAACCGCCGUCUCCUCGUCGUCAUCCACGCUUUCGAUCCUCACCCACACUUCAACGCCCUCGCCGCCUACGACCUCCGUUCUCGCCAACGACUCUUCCUGGCUUUACUCACUGACCCUAACUCCUCUGACCGUCAAAUCGCUAACGACGUCACCGCCGAUUACCACGGCAAUGCUUACGUCACUAACGCCGCCGGCAACUUCAUCUGGAAAGUAAACGUCGACGGAGAACCGUCCAUCUUAUCAAGAUCUCGACUCUUCACUUCCCAACACGUCUACCGCGAUGAACCCUACCGUUUCUGCGGCCUCAACGGCAUUGCUUACGUCAACAACGGGUAUCUGCUGGUGGUACAGACGAACACCGGAAAGUUAUUCAAAGUCGAUCCCGACGACGGCACGACUCGGUUGGUGAAGAUAGGGAAGGAUUUGACGGCGGCGGAUGGGAUCGCCGUUCGAAAGGACGGCGUUCUGGUUGUUGUGUCGCAAUUCAGGGCUUGGUUUUUGAGGAGCAGGGAUGGUUGGGGAGAGGCUGUGGUAUAUGACGAAACUACCCUUGAUACUGAAAGGUUUCCCACUUCGGUUACUAUCAGAGAGGGGAAUAGGGCUUAUGUGGUAUAUGGGAAGGUGGAUAAGGGUAUGGCUGGAAAUGUGAAAAUGGAGGAGUUUAGUAUAGAAGAGAUAGAGUCGGCGAUGGAGAGCAAAGAGGAGGCUGUUUGGUUGUAUGUUUUGUUUGGGUUGGGUUUAGCUUUAUUCUCAUAUUGGAGGUUUCAGAUGGGUCGACUUGUUAAAGAUAUGAACAAGAAAACUGCUUGAAGGGAUCAAUAUCAUUUUUUAAUGGGUAAUAGAGGA